AUGGGCUGCACCGCAUCUUCAGCAGAAAUUAACUCACUAAAUCGUGAUGACAUCCAGAUUUUAAAGGUCUCAGAAGAUUUAUACAUGGGUCAGACUAAAGAAGGAGUGAUCUGAAGAACGCCAAGAUCAGAAAUUAUUCUUCCAGGCGAAGAGGAUAAUUAUUCCCUCACUAAAGAAAGGGGAUAUACUAUUGUUUCUGUAUCAAAAUCGAUAAUAAAGGCUAUGAUAAAACUGGUAAGUAAUUCGAAUAAUUGUUUGACCCAGUCAAACCUAACUCAUAUGCAGAUUGGAUGAUGCUUAAUGAGUAUUAAUAUUUACCAUUCAUGAUCAGGCUUUAUCCACAAUUUUGAAGAUUUCUUUAUGUUGGCCUUAAUCAAUUUGGAUAUAAUAGACAGAAAGUAAGAUUAAAAACAUCACAGAAAGUGUCCAAAAAUUGGAAGGAAAACUAAAGAAUGGAAAAGUUAAGCCAAAAGAUGAAGAGAGGCUAGAAGAACUUAGGCUUGUUUUACAGGACUUCACUGUAAUUCUUGAUAUUUUUACUAAUAAGACACUCCAGAAGAUAAGGAAAAAGCCUACAAAGAUGUUAUCGAGAGCAGAUCUUACUAGAAAAAUGACUAAAGAAGAGCUAAAACAAAAGCAUAUGUUGCCAGAAUACAUGGUCCACCAUUGCUUGAAGUUCUAUUCUUAUGGAAGAGAUGCAUUGUAUGCCAGAGACUCAAAAGAGAAACAGAAUAGGAAGAUAAAGCUGUACAUGGAUAAUCAAUGUGACAGAGAUUGCUUAGAACAGAUAAUCACUAAAGCUGGCUCAAGGAUGCUCCCUGAUACUGACACUAUCUGUCUUUACAGAUGUACCGAUAGCGACCUACACUUUGUAGAGGAAUUCAUGGUGAGGAACUUCCCCACAGAGGUUCAACAAUUUAGUUUUUCAUAUAAAAGUGGAAUUCAUAGCUCAAUAAGUUUAUUCUGGAGUGGACUCUCUACUAUAGCGCCUAAUAUUAUGAAGUACCUACAUCUUGGUCAUUUCAAGAUGGAGAAAGAGAAUUUUGAGAAAGUUUUGAAUACUUUCCGUCAAGUCAAAAGACUUGAAUUUGCAUUUUGAAUUAUAGAAAGUGACUCUGUCCAUCUUGAUCCGACUAUACAGUUUAGAAUCGAGGAGAUGAGGUUCUUCAGAAGUGGUGGGGAGAAACUUAGUGAAUGGAAACAAUAUCCAAAGAGAGUCGAAGGCUUAGCCCAAGGAUUUCAAGAAUCAACACUUAAAGACUCUUUGAAACUCUUUUGUUCCAAACUGAAUGGUCUUUCUUUACUCAGUAUCAGCAAAAUAUUUGAACAAGCCGGGUUAGUUGAUUGUAAAGUCAUGGAUAAUUGGAAUCAGGCUGAAUUUGAUAUUGAUAGUAGUAAGAGUGGGGUCAUCAGUGAUUGUAAGAGCAAUAAUGAUAGUGAUGAUGUUGAUGAUAGUGGCGACAUUGAAAAUUAUAGUGAUAGUGACAGAAGUAAUCAGGAUGAGAGUGAUAGUCAUAGUGCGGAUGAAAGUGAUAGUAGCAGUUAG